AUGAGGCCUUGUAACUGGCUUUCGGGGCGGUUUUUUCCGUUAAAACAAAUCUACGUCGGAGAGAUGUCUCGCGUCAAGGGCAAGACUCGUUCUUCUCAGGCCGGAUUGCAGUUCCCGGUGGGCCGAGUGCAUCGCCUGCUUCACAAGGGCAACUACUCAGGGCGCAUCGGGGCUGGUGUUCCGGUGUACCUGGCGGCGGUGCUGGAGUACCUGGCGGCCGAGAUCCUGGAGCUGGCGGGCAGCGCGGCCCGCGACAACAAGAAGACUUGCAUCGUCCCGCGCCACCUGCAGCUGGCCAUCCGCAACGACGAGGAGCUCAACAAGCUGCUUAGCCGCGUAACCAUCUCGGAGGCCAGUGACGUGCUCAACACCCAGGCUGUGAUGCCAUUACCACGGGAGUUGUAAAGGUCAGCGAGUAGUCUGAAGAAAAACCAAGCCGCAAGCCGUGAAACCAAAGGCUCUUUUCAGAGCCACCCACAAUUUCUGAGGAAGAGCUUACACUUACAAAGAACAAUUAUCCUCCCCCAGACUUAG